AUGCCUUUUCUAAAACACAUUAAAAUUUCAUAUACUAAUCGUAAAAUAGAAAAUUCGAAAAGAAAUGGUUUACGGCACACCAUUUUUAGUCCUCAAGACAAACGUUUUUCUAAAAGUUAUAUAGGUGAAUGGAAACACGAUGUAAAAGAAGGCAGGGGUAAAGAGUUGAAUAGAGCAGGGUGGACGUACGAUGGUAAUUGGUUCAGAGGUAAAAAACAUGGUUACGGUAUUUUAAGUAAAAUUUCAAAGGAAGGUCAUACUGUCUGUCAAUAUUAUAUCGGUGAGUGGGUGGAUGGGAAAAAACAAGGAUAUGGACAUAAUUGGUUCGAAGAUGGUAGUUACUAUGAAGGUAAUUUUUGCCUAAAUAAACGACAUGGUUAUGGUUAUAUGUGGUAUUGUAACGGAGAUUAUUAUGAAGGUGCUUGGAAAAAUGAUUUUUACCACGGCAUAGGAAUGCUUGUUAAAGAUAACAGUAAUAGAUAUGAGGGUCAGUUCUUCAAGGGAAAGAAAGAGGGUUACGGCACAUUUUAUCACAUAGUUAGCGGUCAAGAGCAACGUGGUCUUUGGACAAGCGAUUUAUUUAUAAAUGGUACCAUAUCAGAUGCUGAUUUUCGGCAAUUUGCACUUUGUCCAACACCAUAUCCUAUUCCAAAAGUAAAUAAUAAUUAUGAGUCUUUAUAAUUUUUAUUUGUUUAUAAUAAUUCUUGCUGAUUUGUAGAUGGAAUUGAUGAUGCAUAUUAAGGAUU